UUUACGUGGUGACGUGUACCGGAAGACAUGCCAACUAGACAGCAGUUGCGCUAGCUAUGAAAGACAGGCGUUAGCAGUUUAAUAUUAUUUUCGGUCAGUUUAUUAAACCUAUAUGGCAGUGUUGUCAUAUAUUUAUGUUAGCUACCUUCACAUCUUCAAACUAAUGAUAAACAAGAGUGCUAGUGUGCAUUUAGCCUAGCUACCUGUCACAGCUUUGUGGCCACUGUCACGCCAUCAUCAUCAGGGACAUCCUGCUACGGACAGGUCUUGCAUGAGGUUGCUGUUUGUUCACUGAGGCAAUGGCCAGUCCAAAUGAUCUACAAUUCCAAGAGUUUGAGGAAGCAGCAGAGCUGCUGUCUGCAGACCCUGGGGCCUCCACACUCAGUAUGUCCGCCUCUGACACCACCACUACAGCAGCAGCAGCAGCAGGAGGAGAGGAUGUGAAACUAGACCUUUCAGAGGACGAGCAGGGUCAGGAGGAGAGUUCAGAGCUUUUAGGAGGACAGAAAGCAACUGGUGGCUUCUGGACCUUUGAGUACUAUCAGUCUUUCUUCAAUGUGGACACAAUGCAGGUACUGGACAGAGUUAAGGGGUCAAUGAUGCCAUUACCUGGUCGAAACUUUAUCAAACACCACCUUAGGAGUAACCCAGAUCUAUAUGGUCCAUUCUGGAUCUGUGUGACACUGGUGUUCUCAGUAGCGAUCAGUGGGAACUUGUCCACCUUUCUCAGUGAAAUGGGAGACCCUGCCUACCACUACAGACCACAGUUCCACAGAGUGACGAUAGCUGCAGUAGUGAUCUUCUUGUAUGCCUGGCUGGUGCCAAUUGCUUUAUGGGGUUUCCUGACCUGGCGGCAAGGGGCUGAGAGGCAGAUUGGGGGCUAUUCCUUCCUGGAGACUGUGUGUGUCUAUGGCUAUUCCCUCUUCAUCUAUAUCCCCACCUCGGUUUUGUGGAUCAUACCAUUUGAGUGGUUGCGCUGGACACUGAUCCUGGUUGCCAUGGUGAUCUCUGGCUCAGUCCUGGUCCUCACCUUCUGGCCCGUCGUACGUGACGACACCAAGUUGAUGGCAGUGGCUACAGUUGCAUCCAUAGUGGUUUUGCACACGCUGCUGGCUAUUGGGUGUAAGCUGUACUUCUUCCAGACAGCAGUCCAUGUACCAACACCGGUCCCUACACCCCCUCCGAUUCACAUAACACUGACCACCUAACUCCACUGACCAAUAGGAAAGAGGAGGAGUGUUUGCAGGGAGAAAGGAAAUGAAGGAUCGCUCUGUUGUGUUUGGAGUAACAUGCAGAUAUAAAGCUUUGUACAUUGUGUGAUUUGUUCAAUGCUGGUGUGAUGAAGUGCUGGGAUGGGUGUAUGUAUGGUUGUUUGACUAAUUUAUCCUGACGUGGCUCUGCUGUGACUGAAGAAGCACUUGAUCACUGCAAUAAUUGUACAUUUCUACUGUGAUGUUUCAGGAUGUGGUGCACCGUACCAGUCUAGCAUGGCCUCCUUGAUUUCCCUCAUUUUAUCAGCAAGAUUUAAACACAAUUUCAAAAGAAGAAGACAUAUUACUUAUCAAUAGAAGAGAAAAAGGAGUAAGACUUCUAAAUCAAAUACAAUCAUAAAACCAUGCUAGUACCAAUCAUUCCUUUCUACAAGAUAUCAGAUGGACAACAACAGAGUUCUUCAGCUUAGAGAAAUAAGUUACAGCAGCAUCACAUCAGUACUUGUUAGUUGGAUAAAUUAAUUGUUGGUGUUCAUCAAAAGGUGCAGAUCCAAGAAAGUGAAGACAAAGCACCUUUUAAAACUAAACUUCUCAUGUGAUGUUUGGGAAUGUACUUGUGACCAAAGCUGUCCAGAGGCAGAGUAACCUCAUUUGUGAGGACAGUAAAACUAGGUGCCGCCAUUAUUCUUUUCAUUCUGUUUAUUUGGUGAAGCUGAUGAUUAUUUUUUUGUAUUAAUUGUUUAGUUUAUAAAAGAUAAGGAAAUGGAGAAGAAAUGCCCAAAAAAUAUUGAAUUUACAAUUAAAUAAAUCAGAGAAUCACAUUAACAGCAGACAGUUUGAUUUGUCAUAAUAGGAAAAGCACAGGUGUUACCGAUAACAUUAGCAAACUGAAGCAGCUAAAUUAGCUGUCAUUAAUUUUUUUAUUUACACAUUUCCUACUGUGAAUGUAAAUGUAUUUCACGAAAAAGGCCAAUCGGUAUGAAAUUUGUUGCUGAACGUCACUUUGGUGGUCCCUUGAAUUCUUGUUAAGCUAAGUCAUCAAGUUAAAAUUUACAUUUGUCCAACACUUAGGUUUCUGACCAGAUACCUGCAAAACGUAUCAGCCUCAGCUGUAAUUUGUGUUUAGUGCUAAUUAGCAAAUGUUAGCAUGUUAACAAGCUAAACUAAGUUGAAUGAAAUGGUCAACAUAUACCUGUUAAACAUCAUGUUAGCAAUGCCAUUAAAACAUUUGUUAGUAUGCUGACAUUAGCAUUAGCUCAGUUGUCUUAGUGCAGCCACAGAGCUGCUAGCGUAGCUGUAGACUUUUAGUCUUGUUGCUUGAUAAAUGGCAUGUCGAGUAAUAAUUUUCUAUUAAUCAACUACUUGACUAAUCAUUUCAACACUAAGUGAAACUUUAUCAUAAUUGCACCUCAAACUCACAUUUGAAUGCUGUAAAGCAGGGCUAACAGUUGCUCUCCUCCAGCAGCUGCAGCUUUCAGCAAAUGAUGCAAAAUUUCAAGAGUUAACAAAUCUUCUUGUUCAAAACUCAAAACAUUGUAUCCUGUGAAUGUAUUCCCAUGAAGCAGCCUGCUUCAGUCAGAUGUGGGAACGGAAGCCAAGACAGUAGUGCAAGUUUAUGAAUGUGUUUCAAUGAACUAAGACUGGAUCUGCUGAUGCACCACACCACUUCUACCAGUAAGAAACAUGGAGAGCUCAGGCUCUUCACCUUCACUUACAAAAGGAUUUAAGUUGCAUUUAUGAUUUAUUGUAAAUUGAGGAAUAGGCUUAUGUCUGCAGAACUAUUUAUUCCCUACUGUGAUGUUGUUUAGGGGUUUUUUUGUUAAUAAAUUUAAGAGUCUUA